AAGAAGCAGUCAGGAACAUCUACUGAACCCUAACUAAACUCUCUCUAUCUCUCUCUCGUUCUUUUGCGAUUUGCUGUCUGCGAAGGAUGAAGAUCGUAGCUGCUUAUUUGCUCGCCGUUUUGGGAGGCAACUCCAGCCCUUCGGCUAAAGAUUUGAAGAAUAUUCUUGGAUCUGUUGGAGCUGAAGUUGAUGAUGAAAGAAUCGAGCUUCUGUUGUCUAGCGUUAAGGGCAAGGAUGUUACAGAGCUCAUUGCUUCCGGAAGAGAAAAACUAGCAUCUGUUCCUUCUGGUGGAGGUGCUGCCAUGGCAGUUGCCGCUGGAGGCGGUGGGGGUGGUGGUGGUGCCGCCCCAGCUGCCGAAGAGUCAAAGAAAGAGGAGAAGGUUGAAGAGAAGGAAGAAUCAGAUGAUGACAUGGGCUUCAGUCUCUUCGAUUAAGUAUAAUUACAAUGUCGAAUGUUUUUGUUCAGAGAAUUUUCAAGAUUUUAGGUUGGAUUUUUUGUUAUUCACGUGUAGUUUCUUUUAACAUUAUCGUGGUGUUAUGAUGAGCCAAAUGUUAUAUUUCGUUUCAGUUGAUGAAUUUCGUCGUUAUUUUAAGCAUCUCGUGUUAUAUGAAAAGAGGAAUUGCCGCUAUGUCAUUAAUUUGAA